AAUCCUUGCUUUGUGUCAUUCACAGCUUUUGUAAAAAGGACGAUCACAACAAAGAGAAUCUCUUCAACAGUCUGAACUAUGAUGUUGCUGCCAAGAAGAGAAAAAAAGACCUGCUGAAUAACAAAACCAAGAUUCAAUAUUUCCACCAGGAGAAGUGGAUCUAUGUUCACAAGGGGAGCACAAAGGAGCGCCAUGGUUACUGCACCUUGGGAGAAGCUUUCAACCGACUUGACUUCUCCAGUGCUAUCCUGGACUCCAGGCGAUUCAACUAUGUCGUGAGGCUGUUGGAGCUGAUAGCAAAGUCUCAGCUGACGUCACUGAGUGGCAUUGCCCAGAAAAACUACAUGAACAUUUUGGAAAAAGUGGUGCAGAAAGUCCUUGAAGAUCAGCAGAACAUCAGGCUAAUACGGGAAUUGCUGCAGACCCUCUACACAUCACUCUGCACUUUGGUUCAACGGGUCGGCAAGUCUGUCCUGGUUGGAAACAUCAACAUGUGGGUGCACAGGAUGGAGAGUAUUCUCCACUGGCAGCAGCAACUGAACAACAUUCAGAUCACCAGGCCUGCCUUUAAAGGAACCACUUUCACAGACCUACCAUUGUGUUUACAAUUGAACAUCAUGCAGCGACUGAGUGAUGGGAGAGACCUCGUCAGCCUCGGUCAGGUGGCUCCUGACCUGCAAGUGCUCAGCGAAGACCGGCUGCUGUGGAAGAAGCUCUGCCAGUACCACUUUACAGACAGACAGAUUCGCAAACGGCUAAUCUUAUCUGACAAGGGACAGCUGGAUUGGAAAAAGAUGUACUUCAAGCUCAUAAGGUGUUACCCACGGAAGGAGCAGUAUGGUGACACAUUGCAGCUCUGCAGGCACUGCCACAUCCUCUCCUGGAAGGGUACUGAUCACCCUUGCACAGCCAACAACCCGGAGACUUGCUCCACCUCUCUUUCGCCACAAGACUUUAUCAACUUGUUCAGGUUCUGAACUUGGGUCACUGUAGCUUACACGAAUCUUACAGGACACUUUAUGCCACCGAGCUUGGACACUCCAUUUGUAAAUAGUGUAAAUAUUCAUGUUUGUUCGAAGCUCCUGAGUCAAGGAACAAGAGGAUCUUGGAGAUGAAAGGUGAAAUUGCUCACUGACGUGCAGCACUUAAGGAAUACAGACUUCCGUAGGACUGGUGUAUAAAUGCAGCAUGUUGUACAGAUUCCCUUUUUUUAUGAUCAGAGUACAAGAUACAGGGCAAAAAAACUUCAUUUUUUGUUUUUAGAAGUUAAAAAUGAAUUUGCCCCACAACCAUGAGAACUCUUUUGGUUUGUUUCUAAUAGAGAGAAAGCAAUAUGAGGCUAGGACUGUUGAAUUGUUUCUCCAUCUGGUUUUAUUUAGCAUACAUAUUUAUAAAUAUGAUGUUUUAAAAAUAUUUAUGAAAAAUAUCCCUGUGACAAGUUUAAUAAUACUUUUAUGUUUUUAAAAAGGACACAUUCUGAAAUACUUAGGAUAGAACUCUAGCCUACUUGCGAAGGAGAAUCGCACCAUACCACUUUCUACCUCUAAUUGAUUGAGUACCUUUCAAACAAAAAUCCAGUGUACAAUGUGAACUUUUGUAUUUUGUACAAUGAUUUAAAGGGAAAUGUUUGUGACAGUAAGCAUCUUUUCUUGUAUUAAUGCUUACCUCUUUAUAUUAGUUUUCUUGCUCUACUCAAUGCUUGAAUGCCUAGGUGAUAGGCACCAUAUAAAUACCUAAGACUUACUCCAUCCUCUUUUAAUUUGUUGGUUUUAUGAAAGACUAAGCAAAAGGGAAAGGAGAAGCCACAAGGAUGAAGACUAUCUAAAAGGGAGGCAGCUCUAUUAUAGAGAAACAGAGGACAAUGUAAAUUCAUAUCGACUUCACUAGGUUAAUUGCACUGGUUGAAAUCCCAAGUGAGGUUAGAAUCUGGUUCUUCAAGC